CGGAAGUUAUGAUGUGGUAGUAAAAGUAGUGGUAUGUGUGUUUGUGUGUGUGAUAGUGGUUCCAGAGGCCAUGUGGACAUCCCGCCGUCGAUCUGGAUGCAGUGCACCAUGGACCGGACCGGACCAGACCAGCUCUGAAUUCGUGUGGGAAAAACUGACAGCAGUCAAAAUUAUAAAAGAAUGCGCGCUAAUUGAGGAGCAGCGCCAGGGGCAUCCCGUCGAGAAACGCACGUCCACGAGAUGGACAACUACACGGACGUACUGUACCAGUACCGCUUGGCCCCGUCCGCCAGUCCGGAAUUGGAAAUGGAAAUGGAAAUGGAGCUGGGAGAUCCUCGCCAGCUGGGACGCGGUCUCCAUCUGCCCGCCAACGAGUCGCAGCUGGAGAUGCCCGACUAUGGCAACGAGAGCCUGGACUAUCCCAACUACCAGCAGAUGGUCGGCGGUCCGUGCCGCAUGGAGGACAACAACAUCAGCUACUUGAACCUCACCUGCGACUCACCGUUGGAGUACUCCAUUCCGCUGUACGGCUACUGCAUGCCCUUCCUGCUGAUCACCACCAUCAUCUCGAACUCCCUCAUCGUGCUCGUGCUGAGCAAGAAGAGCAUGGCCACGCCCACCAACUUUGUGCUAAUGGGAAUGGCUAUAUGCGAUAUGCUGACGGUUAUAUUUCCGGCACCGGGUCUCUGGUAUAUGUACACAUUCGGCAAUCAUUAUAAGCCACUGCAUCCGGUCUCCAUGUGUCUGGCCUACAACAUUUUCAAUGAGAUAAUGCCAGCCAUGUGCCACACCAUCUCCGUUUGGCUGACUCUGGCCCUCGCCGUUCAAAGAUACAUCUACGUGUGCCACGCCCCCAUGGCCCGGACAUGGUGCACGAUGCCGCGGGUGAGGCGGUGCACGGCGUACAUCGCCCUGCUGGCGAUCCUGCACCAGUUGCCGAGGUUCUUCGACAGGACGUACAUGCCGCUGGUGAUCGAGUGGAAUGGGAGCCCAACGGAGGUGUGCCACCUGGAGACGUCGGAGUGGGUGCACGAGUACAUUGGCGUGGACCUGUACUACACGAGCUACUAUCUGUUCCGGGUGCUGUUCGUCCACCUGCUGCCCUGCAUCAUCCUGGUGACACUGAACAUACUGCUGUUCGCGGCAAUGCGGCAGGCGCAGGAGCGCCGGAAGCUGCUCUUCCGCGAGAACCGGAAGAAGGAGUGCAAGAAACUGCGGGAGACCAACUGCACCACACUGAUGCUCAUCGUGGUGGUGUCCGUGUUCCUUCUGGCCGAGAUACCCAUUGCCGUGGUCACCGCCAUGCACAUUGUGAGCAGCCUGAUUAUCGAGUUCCUGGACUACGGCCUGGCCAACAUCUGCAUCAUGCUGACGAACUUCUUCCUGGUGUUCAGCUACCCGAUCAACUUUGGCAUCUACUGCGGCAUGUCGCGCCAGUUUCGAGAGACCUUCAAGGAGAUAUUCCUCGGUCGGCUAAUGGCCAAGAAGGACAGCUCCACCAAAUACUCGAUCGUCAAUGGCGCCCGCACAUGCACCAACACCAACGAGACGGUCCUCUAGUAAUUGGUGAUGUUGGUGCCGCGGCGGGGCAGCAGCGACCACCGUCGCAGCUCCACCAGCACCACCACCACCACCACCACAAAGACCAUUGGUGGCGGGUCAAUGAUCAUCGGUGGUGAGGCCUCAGCGCAGCACCAGCAUCUGGUAACGCACCACCUGCAGACCCACUCACAGACGCACAGUCAGCAGCGGCGGGUCAGCACCAUGGACAUCAUCACCGAAGAGCGGAUUGUGUAAACUGGGUGCAAUUCUUGGGAUGGAUGGAUAGAUGGAUGGUUGGGAUGGAUGGUUGGGAUGGAUGGUUAGGAUGGAUGGUUAGGAUGGAUGGUUAGGAUGGAUGGAUGGUUGGAUGUAUGGAUGGAUGGAUAAUGGCUGGUUAGCUGGUUGGUUGGAUGGAUGAAUGGAUGGAUGAAUGGAUGGAUGGGUUCGCAAUCGAUUGGGUACGGCUAUCGGUAAUCAGAGAUCCCAAUAUACUGUUGAAAGUACAGAGCGCAAUUUAAAAAUACAAUUCUACAUUCGUAAAU